GUUUUGGGGUGUAUGGGUCCUUCGUUUAGUUUCCAGAUUUUGGGAUAUUGGGCCCUUAUGAAGUAGCACCCUUUUUUGUAUCUACCUUAUGUUUAAUUGUUUGUUUUGGUUUAGGUGCUCCCCUCACCAUUUUUAUGGAAUUUUAACCUCUUCAACGUAUUACAGGAGGCGAGAUUUAGAUAAUAUAUCUAUUCUACCAUCUAACCCCCUUAUCAUAGGGGAAGAGGGGAGGCAUUGAGGAAAAGCACCAUCUGCACUCCUCCAGCUUUGUAGGUGAUGUGAACAGGUAGAAUAUCAUUUUAAUGAACGCUUUUAUACAGUUCGAGGCACAUAAGUUUUAAUGCACGUCAUAGGCUUCAAAU